AUGAAGUCAUUAGCUACAAUACGAGCAAUUGUGGAGGAGCUUGCUCCCAAAAACCCGUACACAGGCUUGAAGGAUCUGCCUGAAAUUCCUCGUCCCGAGGAGUCUUCUAUCCCGCGUGAGUUGCCAUCGCUACAACAGAUACCGUAUGUGCAAAAUGUUCUGAAUAUGCUUUCUUACAACUUUCUUCCGCAGACCUUUUUCUGCUUGGAGAAGCACCGGUCGCUGGAUAGCAUAAUGCUUACCUCUAAGGAAAUUCUUGCAGAGGCGCUCCCAAUACGUUGCCUGGAAGCCACUUUUGUCGGCCUGUACCUCACGCACGGGAUGAAGGGUGUAGACCGUAUUCCUCUCUCGUUCAAAUCUCGAGCCAGGGGAAAGUCGUUCCAUCAUAUUGUUCUUGUUAUUCGGUGCGACUUACUUUACGGGGCGUUGGGCCUUAGUCGUAGAUCGACCCUCAUGGACAAGCCAAUGAUGUACAAAAACCUGUUUGAACUUAUCAUGGAAUACAAGGAGCAAUAUGAAGCUAUUGGCCACCAGCUUGUAGAUUUUAAAUUAGGUCUUUGUGCUAGUCACGAAUCACACUCGCGGAAGGCCCCGUGUUGGCGCUACAUUGCGGUAAGUUUUGCAAAGUGGAAUUCACCGUUGCAUUUGACAUCACCACAUCCGAGUGAUGAAUUACCAACAAGCGAGAACAGCAAAGUGUCGUCUGAGGAUGGAUGUGCCGAGGAACCAAGUGUGCUGGCAAAUGUUUCUAAUCUUCUGGAUCGCUACUCGGAGCUACUGACCAUCAUUUCGGCACAGUAUGAAAAAUGCACCACCCCUUUUCUCCAUGGAUCAACGCGGGAAUCCCAUCCCAUCUGCCUAAGGGACCUUCAUGAAAUGGAGGAGACAACGGCACGUCAGGAGAAUAUGAGACGUCUGGAGGCAAUUUGCAACGGGCGCUUGCCGUGUCUUGUUUUUGACGUGGGCACAAAAAAACGUGCUGCCUCACGCUCUACCUCAAAGAAACGCAUCGAAACGAGCCGCAAAACCGCGACUGUAACGCGAACUUCCGCCACAAAAUGCACUGCAGCCGCCACGAAAAAGUAUUCUAAAAAAGAUAUCCCUGCCGACGGCCAAAAAGAAACACAACACAAACAGUCACAAAUGGAACAGGAACAGGAGCUGCAGCAGCUACCACUCGUCAUGGAGCACACAUCUUCCCUUUUUUCUUCACUUGCUUUGAGUGGAAGAUUAAACAAUAGUACGAGUGUUACCCAGAGGAGUGAACGCAGUGGUCUUUCCCCAUCAAAAAGGCAUUCGCUUCCUUUUUUAGAGAACAGAAGCAACGAAUUUGGUUCGUUGGUUAGUCAAAAUAGUGACAGUUGGGGGAUUCCAUUUCUUCCAUUUGAUGUAAACGGAGUGAAUUUUCAUGAUCUUUUGUAG